AUGGUCACCUUCUCGCGCUCAGCCCCUUGGUACACCGGCGAGCUGCGGAGAAUGAAGACAGCUGGGCGUGUCAACAGCCUGGGAGAUGGACCAUACGCUUAUGCCGCUUUGUGUUUGCUACUUCAUGCUAAAAUAUUCUGUCUCCCCUUGCAGGAGCUGCACAGUAGCGUGUCGGACAUAGUCGAGGACAUCCUGAAGAUGCACGACACAACCAAGCUGGGUCACCUGACCCUGGAAGACUACCAGAUCUGGAGUGUGAAGAGCGCUAUGGCCAAUGAGUUCUUAAAUCUGCUCUUCCAGGUCUGCCACAUAGUGCUGGGGCUCAGGCCUGGCAGUCCUGAGGAGGAGGGGCAGAUCAUAAGGGGCUGGUUGGAGAGGGAGAGCAGACAUGGGUUGCAGCAGAGUCAGAACUGGUUCCUCAUCUCCAUGCUGUGGUGGCAGCAGUGGAAGGACUACGUUAAAUAUGUAAGUCAAUUUUGGAUGACAUUAUGA